AUGUAUGGCUCAAAAGGUGCAUGCGAGGGCGAUGGACCAGCACCGUGUGUUCGCAAGCUCGCCUGGGAAUGGCUUAGCAUGGCUCGCGAAGUGAACGUCAGCAUUGCCAAGGACAAUCAGGAGCUUCAGACUUUUGUCGUGGAAGCUAGGCAUGUGCUUCGAAGAGCUGCCAGUCUGCCGGCAGGAUGUGCCGGUAGUGCUGCGAAGGCCUUGCGCGACGAGCGGGUUGUUCUUGCGCGCCGGAUUGCCCAGUCACCUGCCAAAGCCCGGCAGCCUUACAGACCAUUGCUGGUUCCCCCAGCGGUUGGCAGAACGCAGGAAGCUGCCCAGAGAGUCCCUGCAGCCAGUUUAGUGUCGGGGAGUCUCAGCGCGAACAGAAACGAGGCAAACCAGGCAAACCAGAAGUUUGCAGAGGCUCCCUGCCAAGAUGGGCAAGAAGUUGCUGAAGCGAUCACGGCUCUCAAGCAACACGGGGGCCGCUCGAGCGGCAGCAGUGAAGCUGUAACACGUAGCGGACGUAGCGAGGCUGGCGAGGCAAUGAUCAGAAUUGAAGGCAGCUCAGCUUCCACAUGCCAAAGGCAUUCUCUGUCUGAGAAUUUGCGGGAUAUUCUCAUUGACCUUUGCCAAUCCGUUGAAGCUGAUGUUAAGCAUCAGAGCAACUUUGAUCACACCAACAAAGUUGAAGCCAGUGACGUUUUCAACAGCAGCAGGCAUUCACUAUCAGACUCAGCCGUCGAAAUCGCUGCCAACGCAUGCUCGUCCGCCAUUACACGCAGACUGCAAAGCAACAGUUUGGAUGGCUGCGAGAUGUCAAGCCUGGGGGAGGUUGCAGAUGUAGCGCAGCUAUCCGAAAUUAGUGAACACAUUGACGAACAGCAUGCUGUAGUUGCGGCUUUCGCACAAUUGACCCACUCCAUUGCGUGCAAUGUAGAAGCUAAGCCGAGUCAGCAAGCCGCUAGUGCCCCCACUGCACUCGGCAGCACGAAGUCUCAGUCACGCCUAAACGAACAGAAAGGGAACGCAGAAACAAAAAAAACGUGGCUGGCAAAGGAAGCUGCAGACACGAAGGCUGCCAAGAAAACUCAAGUUGAGCGGCUGGCAAAAGAAGAUGCAGAGGCAAAGGCUGCUAAGCAAGCGGAGGAGGAGAGGCUGGCCAAGGAAGCUGCAGAGGCGGUGGCUGCCAAGCAAGCGCAAGAGGAGCGGCUG